ACUGGGUAUAAAGUCCACGCAGCCCACAGGACUCAGACUUCCCGAAUCGCACAUGCGGGCGAUGGCGCUGCGCACGCUGCUCCUUCUGCUGCUGGCGGCCGCCCUGGCCCCGACCCAGACCCGCGCGGGCUCACACUCGCUGCUGUAUUUCCUCACCGCUGUGUCCCGGCCCGGCCUCGGGGAGCCCCGGUUCAUUAUCGUCGGGUACGUGGACGACACGCAGUUCGGGCGCUUCGACGCAGAGGAUCAGAGAUACGAGCGGCGCGCAGCGUGGAUGGAGCAGGAGGGGCCGGAGUAUUGGGAGGAGCAGACACAGAGAGCCAAGGACGCUGAGCGGAUUUCCCGAGUGAACCUGAGGACCCUGCUCGGCUACUACAACCAGAGCGAGGGCGGCUCUCACACACUCCAGCGGUUGUUUGGCUGUGACAUGGGGUCUGAUGGGAGCCUCCUCCGAGGGUACCUGCAAUUCGCCUACGACGGCCGCGAUUACAUCGCCCUGAACGAAGAUCUGAACUCGUGGACGGCGGCAGACGUGGCGGCGCGGAUCACCCAACGAAAGUGGGAGCAGGCUGGUGAAGCAGAGAGACUGAGGGCCUACCUGGAUGACUUGUGCAUGGAGUGGCUCCGAAGACACCUGGAGCUCGGGAAGGAGAAGCUGCUGCGCACAGAUCCCCCAAAGGCACAUGUGACCCAUCACCCCAGAUCUGAAGGUGAUGUCACCCUGCGGUGCUGGGCCCUGGGCUUCUACCCUGCUGACAUCGACCUGACCUGGCAGUUGAAUGGGGAAGAGUUGACCCAGGACAUGGAGUUUGUGGAGACCAGGCCUGCAGGGGAUGGAACCUUCCAGAAGUGGGCAUCUGUGGUGGUGCCUCUUGGGAAGGAGCAGGAAUACACAUGCCAUGUAGAACAUGAGGGGCUGCAUGAGUCCCUCACCCUGAGAUGGAAGCCUCCUCCAUUCACCAACUCCAACAUGGCCAUCAUUGCUGUCCUUGUUGUCCUUGGAGUUGUGGCCAUCAGUGGAGCUGUGGUGGCUUUUGUGAUGAAGAGGAGGAGAAGCACAGCUUUUCUUCUCACAGGUGGACAAGGAGGGGACUAUGCUCCAGCUCCAGCAGCAACAGCCCCAGAUCUCUGAUAUGUCUCUCACAGAUUGUAAAGCAUGAAGACAGCUGCCUGGAGUGGAGUGAGUGACAGAUGGUGUGUUGAGGUCUCUCCUGUGAUGUCCAGAGUCCUCAGGUCUCUUUAGACAACAGUGUCUAAUGUUCCCUGUGAUUCUCAAUUGAUGGGCUCAAUGUGAAGAACUGUGGAGCCCAGCCUGCCCUGCACACCAGGACCCUGUCCCUGCACUGCCUGUGUUCUUUUCCACAGCCAACCUUCCUGGACUGAAGUGGAAAGUCAGGGUUCUUUGGAAAGUCAGUUGGAUGGUGUUUCUGGGGCAAACACGUGAAAUGUUUCGUUAAGGUGGACACAAGUGUGAGAUGCUAAGGCAGACUCGUGAAGGACUGUACCACUGAAACAGACACAGGAGAGAGGAUGUUCUACUAAAGCAAGCACAUGAAAGUACACCUGAUGAAGAAUUCUUUGCUCACAACAUGCAUGUAUUGGUCCACCUUACCUUGUAUAACUGAGCAGCGUUUGUCGGGACUCCAUAGUGAGAAUCACACCAAAAAAUAUCUGGUGGUGUGCUGCAGUUUGUUGCUGCGUCUGUGGACUCGCUGAGUGGAUGUCUGUCUUGAGGCAAGACUCAUGCUGAGGCACGGUACGUGGAGGACACGUCAUAUUUGGAGGGUAUAAAUAGGACUCCACAGAGUGACCGAGACAGAGCUUGGCUUUCUGGUACUGCUAGCUGUACAACACUUGUGGGUCUCCACUGACCUUCACUUCCCUGAGAGAAGCACAGCUGAGAACUUCCCUGCUGUGCCUGUUGGUCCCUCCUGCUGACUGGAGCCUAGGCCUGGUUGUCUCUGCUAGGUUGUGUCACCACUGUUGCUAACCAGACUCCACCAAACCAGACUGCUGGUGUAUACAUGAGGUGUUUGCAAGUGGAUGGAGCUGCUGCUGCUGACCUGUGACCUGCUGAUUUCCAGACAGCACAGACAGGAGUUGGUCCAAAGAACAAUUUCUAAACAGGUACACUCCCCAUCACCACCAAACCAACCACAUUUCACUUCCUUUUUCACUAUCUCUGGUGGGUAGUGGGUAACAAGGAAAGCUAAAGUGUUUAAGAAUCACCAUUAAAAAUAGGAUUUGAAAAAAUUAAAGUUACACUGGUCCAGCAGGCAGGAGGGGACAUCUACAUCCUGUCAGCUCCAUGGGGCCCUGAGCUGCAGCUCCUCACUUCCACACUCAGAUUUUGAAUCUGAGUGUGACCUUGAUUGUUAACAUCUUGACCUGAGGGUUGAAUGCUUGUUAAAUUAGUGGAUUGAGAAGACUUAGAGGUUUUUUUGAAGAAAUAAAUGGCUGGUUGGAGAACCUUCCAGAA